GAAGAAGAAAAAAACAAUGCAAGCUAUGAACUCAUUUCAAAGCACCGGCGAAAAUGGUGCUUCGUCCGGCGAACACAUCAGUCAUUCCCAUUUCGAUCCGUCGUCGUCACACGACGACUUCCUCCAACAGAUUCUCUCUUCCGUUCCUUCUUCUUCUCCCUGGCCUGAAAUCUCUGGCGACGGUCACCCCUACAAUUUCGACGACCAUCAGUCAACUCUCUUGGCUUCCAAGCUCCGGCAACAUCAGAUCAACGGCGGCAGCUCUGCUGCCGCAGCUGCUAAAGCGUUGAUGCUUCAGCAGCAGCUUUUGCUUUCUAGAGGAAUCGCCGGUAAUGGCGGCUCUGGGAUGAACGGCGAUCAAAACGACGACGGUUUAAAUCCGGGGAAUGAUAUUUCAGUUCAAGCUCUUUACAAUGGAUUCUCUGGAUCUCUUGGUCAAACCUCAAAUCAAUCUCAGCAUUUUCACCAUUCUCAGGCGCAGAGUUUCGGAGCUCCGGCGGCGUCGUUGACGAUGAAUCAAACGCCGGCGGCGAGUGGUUCAGCUGGUGGAGCGCAGCCAAAGCAACAGAAAGUUAGGGCUCGAAGAGGACAAGCAACUGAUCCUCACAGCAUUGCUGAAAGAUUACGAAGAGAGAGAAUUGCAGAGAGAAUGAAGUCUUUGCAGGAGCUGGUACCUAAUGCCAAUAAGACAGACAAGGCUUCAAUGUUAGAUGAGAUCAUCGACUAUGUCAGGUUCCUCCAGCUCCAAGUCAAAGUUCUGAGUAUGAGCAGAUUGGGUGGUGCUGCAGCUGUUGCUCCCCUAGUUGCUGAUAGAUCCUCUGAGGGAGGAGGUGAUUGUGUACAAGGAAAUGGAGGUCGGGGUGGCAGUAAUGGAACGACGUCGUCUGCAAAUAACGACAGCAGCAUGACGAUGACGGAACACCAAGUAGCUAAGCUAAUGGAAGAAGAUAUGGGAUCAGCAAUGCAGUAUCUUCAAGGAAAAGGCUUAUGCCUUAUGCCAAUUUCCUUAGCCACUGCUAUUUCCACCUCCACGUGUCACUCCAUGAAACCCAACAACCCACUACUACUCGGCGGAAGCUCCGCCAUCAACGGCGGUGGUGAGACCGGCGGUGGACCGUCUUCUCCUACCUUGUCGGCUUCCACUGUUCAAUCAGCUACGAUGGGCAAUGGCGGGACUUGAGUUAGUCCUCCUAUCCCAAUGUGACUCACUGUUUUUAUUUAGAAUCAAUUUGAUUUUAUAUUUCUCGUUUUAUACUUUUAUGGAAUUAUUUAUAGUCAUAUUAAUAUUGAUGACUUGUUUU